UAAGUAUCAAGUGAUAGUCAUGGAACUUACAGAUGGACAAGAUCAAGGGAAAUCGUCAGAUCCAAAAUAUGCUAAAGUCACCAGAAAAUAUGAAGAUCGAGUGGCAGGGGAACCAUACGUUACGGCUGAAUUUGCAAACAAUAACGAGAAGAGGACAUCAUUUCCUGUUGGAGACGGGAAGUACUACUCUACGGAAGGUGUUACUGACGCCAAAAGGAAGCGCAGAGAGGUCGUGGAAAAGUUUCUCAAUGGCAAGCUCGACGAUGGAGCUAAGUACGUUGCAUUUCAGCGGUCGUUCGACAAAGAGGGUGAUUAUGAGAGUGAAGGAUUCGUUGACUUUGAAACCAACAAGGACCACACAGUUACAAUCGUGGUAGUGGUUGUUCUAAUUGUUAUCAUAACUGCAUGUAUAGCAGUGGGAAUUUUCGUCUAUCGUCGACGACAAAGCAGCCCUCGCAAUGGCGAGGAAGAGAUGGCCCUAAGACCCCAAAAACGUGGAAGAACUCUAUCAAAAAGAAUCCUUGGUCGUGGAUCAGGAGCCUUCGACAACCCCGCCCACAAUCCUGGGGAAGCAGUGCCAGUGGAGGAAUUUGAAGAACACGUGCGACGUUUGCACGCCAAUGGCGAUCUCUUGUUUUCUCAAGAGUAUGGUGCUCUAAAGCCUCAAGCCGAAUUCACUUGGAAUGCGACUCUGGCUCAGGAAAACAGGCACAAGAACCGUUACAAUAACGUAGUUGCAUACGACCACAGCCGAGUCAAAUUAUCGCACAUACAAGGUGUACCAGGCUCUGAUUACAUCAACGCAAACUUUCUUGAAGGCUAUCAGAAAAAGAGGGCGUACAUCGCUUCACAGGGACCCCUCCCAGAGACCGAAGAUGACUUCUGGAGAAUGAUCUGGGAACAAGAUUCAAAGAUCAUCGUUAUGGUGACGAAUUUGGAAGAGCGAGGUCGUAUAAAAUGCCACCAAUACUGGCCGUCGGAGGGUGGAAAGGCUUAUGGUGACAUUCAAGUAACGCUAAUGCAGAUAGUGGAGCUCAGCGAUUUCACAAUCCGUACUUUCACUCUAAAGAAAGCCAAUAGCAGAAGUGAAAGAACUCUACAUCAGUACCAUUACACAGUAUGGCCAGAUCAUGGUGUCCCUUCUUGUCCUACCUCACUUCUCACGUUUGUUAAGAAGGCGUCUGGUGCUAAUCCAGCAGACGCAGGGCCCAUGGUUGUUCACUGCAGUGCUGGGGUUGGCAGAACUGGUACUUUCAUCGUGGUGGAUGCCAUGUUACAAAGUAUUGCUGCAGAGAAAACAGUAGAUGUCUUUGGAUACGUUAUGACAUUACGACGUGACAGAAAUAUCAUGGUCCAGGUGGAGGAGCAAUAUGUUUUUAUUCACGAAGUUCUGUUGGAGGCCAUUCAUUCUGGAUACACUGAGAUACGAGCGAAUGAUCUUAGAUCCCACAUGAAGCUCCUAAUGCAAGUCAGUCCUUCAACUGGCCAAACUGAAAUGGAUGAAGAGUUCAUCCGUUUGGGUCGCGGUAAUACUCCGCAAACCAAGUUCCAGGCUGCCAACAUGGGCUACAACAAGACAAAGAAUCGUUAUGCAAACGUGUUAGCCUUUGAUGAUACUCGGGUCAAACUAAGUAUGAUCACUGGCAUAGAAGGUUCCGACUACAUCAAUGCUAACUUCAUUGAUGGCUACAUGACUCGAAGAGCAUUCAUUGCAACACAGGCUCCCAUACCAGACACUAUUCCGGACUUUUGGCGUAUGAUCUGGGAACAAGAGUCCUCCACCAUAGUAAUGCUCUCGAAAGAGACUGAAAGUGGCAAGGUCAAGGUACAUCGUUACUGGCCUGCAAAACAGCCAGCGAAUAUCGGCACUCUGGUGGUGGAAAUGACCAAUGAGAUGGUUUACGAGGAUUACACAAUGCGUGAAAUAAAACUCACCAAUACCAAGGAGAGUGCAUCGCGAGUUGUCCGUCAGUAUCAUUACACUGGUUGGCCUGAUGUUGGAUCUCCAGAAUCUGGUACCGGAUUAAUCGAUCUCAUUGGCCAGGUACAAAGGUGGCAGCAGAAUUCAGGAAACACAACUAUCACUGUACACUGCAGCGCCGGAGUGGGUCGCACCGGAGUGUUCUGCGCCCUCAGUAUUUUGAUCGAGCGGUUAAAGAGUGAAGGUGUGGUGGACGUCUUCCAGACUGUGAAGCAGCUGAGAGCUCAGAGGCCCGCUAUGGUUCAGACAAAGGAUCAAUACGAGUUCAUUUACUCUGCUCUCAGUGAGUAUUUGGACUCCUUUGAUGCCUACAGUAAUUUCGAGUAACUAACAUGGUUGAAGAUAAUCAACCUCAAGGGAAUAAUUACAACUGACCAUCAAGGUGAAAAGAGGAAAGGGCAAGAACAAUUUUCUAUUUUUUGUAUUAAGCAAAUAAGUAAUUUUCUUCAAAAAGAUUCCAGUUGGCCUUCACCGGUUGUAAACAUGAAUUAACUGACUGAAAACGAAUACUUAAAGUAACUGGUAGUUUUGUAAACGUCACGUGCUCCUUUAAGAUAACAGAAAAUGAAAGCUUUCCCCUUUCAGAAUAAAAACUUGUCGAGAUCGUUGUAGGAAUUAGAAACCAUUAAUAGCUUUGUGGUUAUGAUACAGAUGUGUCGUCAAAAUAAUAACAUUCACUUAAGACGUGCCAUAGAUUUUUUUUGUUUCUAGCAUUAUGAAAAUUGCAAGAAUGUUUUUAAUAAAUGAUAUAGAUAAAUUUAUGCGACCUUCGCAAAUUACAGUCGAAAAAUUGUUUAGCUUUUAGAGAAGUAUUUAUUAGUGCAAAUCAAGUACAAAAUAGUGUGUUCUCUCAUAAAAGGAAUAUAACUUUUCACUCAGCCAUUAACGUUCUUAAUGCAGUCAGUUAAUAUCCAUGCUGUUCUCUGAGAAAUUACUGGGAAUUUUUUUCAAUA